AUUCACAUGUGGUAUUAUAUCUAAGACAAGUCAAUGUUAUGUAUUUUAGGCUAUUAACUGUUAAAAAAAGUCUAAUAUUAAGGGUAAUUUAUGACAAAUAUGGAAAAUGAUGAAAUAAAAAACCUAUCGCUGCAGGUGACUAACUUGUCUAUAUAGUUUAUAAGUAUGCAUGCACUAAUUUGUCAAUUAACAUAUAAAACAAAAUAGCUAGAAGAGUUAUCUGUAGUCUCUUCAAUGUAUGAAGAUGAAUGGCGCGUCGAGGAUGAGAUAAAUCGAAGAUUCUCUUUGCAGUUGAGUGACAUUGGCGGACAGCAAGAUCAAUCAGUUACACUCUACGUUAAUUUACCAGAGGAAUAUCCUUCUAGCUGUCCUCCUACAUACGAAAUAAGCAAAAAUAAGGGAGAUUGUAUACUCUAUUUGUGGAUCGAUAAAGUAAAAAGCUUCUUUGAGGAAUUACAGCAAAACGAUCUAAUGUCUUUAAAAAUAGAUGAUUCAAUAAAGAAUGACGAUUUACAAACUGUCGCCAAAAAUGAUUUAGAUUGUGAAAAGAAUAUCCAGCCGUGUCCUGAAAUAUUUCACGGUGAACCAUUUACAGAGAGAAAGAGUACCUUUCAGGCUCAUAUUGCUGAAAUCAGGGAUGUGCACCAGGUAUCGCUGGUUGUUCAGACCUUAAGACAGAAUAAAAAGAUAGAUAAUGCAACUCACAAUAUGUUCGCCUAUCGAUUACGGCGGGACGAUGGUGUUUUAGUUUCCGAUUGUGACGAUGACGGAGAAACUCACGCUGGCUCUAGACUCCUUCAUCUCUUAGAAGUUAUGAAAGUUGUGAACUUGAUAGUUAUCGUCACUCGAUGGUACGGUGGAAUUCAUUUGGGACCCGACCGAUUUAAGCAUAUAAACAACGCUGCGAGAUUUCUACUAGAGAGUCUUGGCUUUGACAAGUCAAAAGUCGAAAAAUUUUGUAAGACAACAACGCAAAAGAAGCGGUGA